GUAGCAAACUCACAGCUGUUCCAGGGACCAAGGCUGGCAACACUGAAUAUUUUGUUUGGGUCUGACCGCGAUCUGAACACUGGCUGCCCAGGGAAGUAAAUAUAUAUUCCGCUUCCUUGGCGGCAGCCGAGACCUAGUUCGGUUAUAAAAUUCUGAUCAGAGUGUAAAAUACUGAAUUGGCCAUGGAUUCCGAGUGGAAGGAGAAAAGAAACAACGAGAGGGCGAAGGUUGAGGAACUGUUUUGUUAUGAGGGCUGCAAAGUGGGCCGAGGAACCUACGGGCACGUCUAUAAGGCCAAGAGGAAGGACAGCUCUGACAUCAAGGAGUAUGCUCUCAAGCAGAUAGAAGGAACAGGGCUGUCUAUGUCAGCAUGCAGAGAAAUAGCGCUGUUACGAGAGUUGAAACACCCAAAUGUCAUCAACCUGCAGCGAGUUUUCCUUUCCCAUGCUGACCGCAAGGUGUGGCUGCUUUUUGACUAUGCUGAACAUGAUCUUUGGCAUAUCAUCAAGUUCCACAGAGCAGCAAAGGCCAAUAAAAAGACAGUUCAGGUAACCAAAGGCAUGGUCAAGUCUCUCCUUUAUCAAAUUUUAGAUGGAAUUCGAUAUCUUCACUCAAACUGGGUCCUUCAUAGAGAUCUGAAACCUGCCAAUAUCUUGGUGAUGGGAGAAGGAACAGAGCGUGGCAGAGUGAAGAUAGCAGAUAUGGGUUUUGCUCGCCUCUUCAACUCUCCUCUGAAACCACUUGCUGACCUUGAUCCUGUGGUGGUGACUUUUUGGUACCGUGCUCCUGAGUUGCUUUUAGGAGCACGUCAUUACACUAAAGCAAUAGAUAUCUGGGCAAUUGGGUGCAUCUUUGCUGAGUUGCUAACGUCUGAACCUAUCUUCCACUGUAGGCAAGAGGAUAUUAAAACCAGCAACCCUUACCAUCAUGAUCAGCUGGACAGGAUCUUCAAUGUGAUGGGCUUUCCUCAAGAGAAGGACUGGGUGGAUAUAAAGAAGAUGCCUGAACAUGGAACACUCAUGAAAGAUUUUAAAAAGAACAAUUAUUCAAGCUCUUCUUUGGUAAAAUACAUGGACCGACAUAAGAUUAAGCCAGAUGGGAAGGCAUUCAUGUUGCUUCAGAAAUUGCUAACAAUGGAUCCCACCAAACGCAUCACCUCAGAGUUGGCAAUGCAGGACCCUUAUUUCCUGGAGGACCCUCUCCCCACCCAAGACGUGUUUGCAGGUGGCCCAAUCCCUUAUCCUAAGCGAGAAUUCCUAUCAGAUGAGGAGCAGGAUGACAAGUCAGAUAAUAAGAAAAAAGUUUUCAUGGAGCAGAGCUGGACAAACCAACAGAGAGCAGCUGCAACAAAGGGUGGGGGUGGUGGGGAGCCAGCCUCCAAGAGGGUGCGGCUAGGUCACCACCAAAGCAGUAUUGGUGGCCAACAGAACUUCUCUCACAUGACACAACGCAAUCACCCAAAUCAGCAACAACAUCCAGGCCAUGUUCAACAAGGAGGCAUGAUGAACUACACCAAUACCCAGCAGAGCAGCAACUUCAACCAGCGCUACUGAGGCACCGCAGUAGGCUGUUUCAACAUUCCAUGAUGGGUAUCACAAAUCUUAUCAGUUAAACAUUGGAAACUAUCCUUUGUCUAUAACUGUUUUUUAACUUAUUUUUGUUAUUAUUAUUUUUAUUAUUAUUAUUAUUAUUAUUAUUUUUAUUAUUAUUAUUAUUGUUAUUAUUAUUAUUAUUAUUAUUAUUAUUAUUAUUAUUAUUAUUAUUAUUAUUAUUAUUAUUAUUAUUAUUACCAUUGUAAUGUAAUGAUUAAUAUUAUUACUACUAUUACUUUUUUAAAUUCUUCUGUGUUGUUGAGAGAGAGAGAGAGAGAGAGAGAGAGAGAGAGAGAGAGAGAGAGAGAGAGAGAAUAAAAUUUCAUGCAUAAUAAGAUUCAUCGCUGUGUUUUUAUGAUACCAACUCAGUAGUAUAAUUGUACAUGAUAAUACAAACUCACAAGUUGUGUGUGUGUGUGUGUGUGUGUGUGUGUGUUGUGACAUACAGGAAAUGAGUUAUGCUUAUACUGUCCUGUCUCUGCUAGUAUUCAACUCAUAUUUAAAAUCAUGAAUACUUCUUGCAUAGACCGCUUUCUCAUCCAAGUUUCUAUGGUUAUGUGGAGAAAACUGUGCCUCAAUGUCUCCUAAGAGUGGACCUCUUCAGCUUUCAUCUGUCCCUUCAUGUCAGUUUUGUUUCACACAUGUAGAUCCUUUCUAUUUAGUUUUUUUCACUCCCUUUGUCAUUCUGAACAAUGUAUUUAGGUAUCCUCUCUCCUUUCUCAUCACUAAGGUUGGGAGCUGCAGUCUGCACAAUCUCUGUUCAUAUGAUAGAUCUUCCAAAUUAUGUACCAUUUUGGUUGUUGCUCUCUGUAAACUUUCCAGUUUUUUUACACACUUUUCUCAUGAUGAGACCGCACUAUUUGAGACCUGGAUAUGUCAUUGUAACAUUUAUUCCCAUCAUCCUUUCCUCCACAUAAAUAAAUACCACUCAUUCCUUAACAGCUUAGGGAUUUUUCUUGAUAUUUUCUUUGUGUUUCUGGUAAUGAGCUGUUGAAAAAAUCACUCCUAGAUAAUUUUCUUCAGUAACUUUGCUGAAAAUUUCAGUUCCCAUCUUGUAAUUAUAUCUUCUGAUGCUUUUGUCAACACCCCCUUUUUUUAUUACUUCCUAAGGUUAAACUCCGGGCUUUCAAAAUUUUCCAUCCAUUUAAGGAAAAUAUUCUGCAUUCCUCUUUUUUUUUUUUUUUUGUGCAGAUAUGUAAGGUAGUACUUUUUAGGGGGUUGAAAAUCCUCUUGAUUGAAUUGCUUUUGUCACACUCAAGCCGAAAUAUAACAGGCUUAUGACACAAUCCUCCUUUUCUAAAAUUGAAUUGAUACUCUGAAAGGAUCUCCAAAAUGUUCAUCUCUCUCUCUCUCUCUCUCUCUCUCUCUCUCUCUCUCUCUCUCUCUCUCUCUCUCUCUCUCUCUCUCUCUCUCUCUCUCUGUGUGUGUGUGUGUGUGUGUGUGUGUUCUUAGUCAAUUCAAUUUAAUGCUGCCUUGUUAAUUUUAUUUUUAUUAUUUAUUUAUUUAUUUAUUUUAUUUAUUUUUUUACAUUUCUUCCAUUUUGGUCGGCUUCUAUGAAACUGCUAGGUAACAUUUUUCAACAUUACAUUAGGAUAAAAAAAAAAAUUAUCAUGAUGGUCUUACUCCAUUGACAAACUACUUAAAAACUGAAGUCUGGUGAUCUGCAACACAUUUUCAUGGGAAAUUUUACUGCUGCAGAAAAGUUUCGUGUCGCACCAUGAAAAUGUAUUAGCUUUGGAGUUGAUAGGUAGCUGAUGUCACUGGUAAGUGGUGAAAAGAUGUUGAAUUUUAUUACUGGUAGGUUUAGGGGGCAAAAGUGGAGCUACACACACACACACACACACACACACACAGAGAGAGAGAGAGAGAGAGAGAGAGAGAGAGAGAGAGAUUAUGUUAUAAGACAACAAAAGGCGGGGGAAAGGGGGCUCAACCAGUACCAAGCAAAAGGGAGUCAAUGCAUCAGCUUGUACUGUACGUACGUGUAGUUUUAAAUGCUACAAGCACACAGUAGUCCUGAUAUUGACAUUUGUUUCAGUAGUUAUAUAUUUUAAUGAAAUUGAAAUCAGGAAACAUUGCAGAAUUUUAAAGAAAAAUAAAUAUAAUUAAAAUAUUUCAGCAUGAGAGAGAGAGAGAGAGAGUAUGAACUGCUAUGAUGGAUAAUUGUCCUUUCGCCGAGACUACAUUGAAAACUUAUCAAGGACAUGGUGCAGCAUACCACCACACAAGAUCGUGGGCAAGAAUUGCUACUAUUAGGUCUGCCUUGAGAUAAGCUGGGAGGGUAGUUUAAAUAGGUACUCGUGUGGAGCCGCAUCAUUGUCAACAUCUGCUGCUUACAAGUACACUCUAAUCCUGUAGGAAGCUUGAGAACCUUGAUAAGAAGAAGUGUGUCAUAAAUUGUACUAAGGACGACAUCAAACAGAGUAUGAAAUAGCAAAUAACAAAAAUAAAUGUAUGAUCUGGCAAGGCAGUAGUGACGGGUGGUGCACUAGACGCGGGGAGCGGCGGGCGGCCGGCGACACUGUGUGUGACAGCACUCGCCACCAACGGAUCACGCAUUGCACUUCACACUCGUGCACCAGACUUGUGAAACAAAAUGGCCAAGUCAAAGAAAGUUCCUGCUAGUUACUUCAAGGUGGUCAACCCACUCCUGAUGCUGCCCACUCUGCUGCUGGUUGCCCUUGCUGUGGUAACUUACUUUGACCACAAGUACAUCUGUGCACAGUACUUUGGCACUGUGGUAUCAGGGUAUGCUGAAUUAGUGGCCACAAAGUACAAGCUUUACUUAAAACUGGGGUUGCUGGGUUUGGCAGCACUGCACAUAACGGAGGCACUGGUGGCUGUGUACAAAUGUCAGAAGCUGAGAUUGAAUCUGGUACCCACAUUGGGAUGGGUGCUGCAGACCAUCCUCCUUGGCUUCUUCUCUCUGAAGCUGCUCAUCUGGCCACACAAGCCUGCACCACAGCAGCACCAGCAUCAGCAGUCACAAUCCAAGGCUGCUAAUGCUGGGAAACAGAACAAGCCACAAAAGAAUGCUAAAGCUUCAAAGGCAAAAAAAGAAAAAUAAAAUGAACUUUGUUAAUGCUAAUUUUUAUUGUUUUGUAACUCCUUCGCCUAAUGUGCAUGUUGUUAUGAAGAGUAAAUAAAAAAGGUAUUUUA